AUGGCCCAUGGCAAUCUCUUGACACUGCUAGUUCAUCCUCCCAUCAGGUUGCACAUGUACCACAGACAGAAAGGGAUGCUCUCUCUGCACCCAGCAUUACAAACAUGCUUGGAAGCCAAGUCUCGCCGUCAGAGAUCAAAGCUUAAAGCCUUGGUGGCUGUUCUUCUCCUCUGCGUCGGCGUGUGCGUGGCUCGCAACAGCGACUUCUCCAUCGUUGGCUACUCGGAGGAGGACCUGUCGUCGCACGACAGGCUCAUCGAGCUGUUCGAGAAGUGGUUGGCCAAGCACGAGAAGGCGUACGCGAGCUUCGAGGAGAAGCUGCACCGGUUCGAGGUGUUCAAGGACAACCUGAAGCUCAUCGACGAGAUCAACCGGGAGGUGACCAGCUACUGGCUGGGCCUCAAUGAGUUCACCGACCUCACCCACGAUGAGUUCAAGGCCGCCUACCUCGGCCUCAGCCCCGCCACUUCUCGCCGGAGCAACAGCCGGAGCUUCAGGUACGAGAACGUGGCUGCCCAUGACUUGCCGAAAGCAGUGGACUGGAGGAAGAAGGGGGCGGUGACGGACGUGAAGAACCAGGGGCAGUGCGGCAGCUGCUGGGCCUUCUCGACGGUGGCGGCGGUGGAGGGGAUCAACGCCAUCGUGACGGGCAACCUGACGGCGCUGUCGGAGCAGGAGCUCAUCGACUGCAGUGUCGACGGCAACAGCGGCUGCAACGGCGGGAUGAUGGACUACGCCUUCUCCUACAUCGCCUCCAGCGGCGGGCUCCACACCGAGGAGGCCUACCCGUACCUCAUGGAGGAAGGCAGCUGCGGCGACGUGUAA